UUCUCUCCUGUUCUCAUUUCCUAAUUAAUGUCUUUCUCAAACAAUCCUCUAAUUUAAUGAAAAUGAAAACCAUUUGGGAAAUUGUCCCAUCAGCUCUAAAAGAUUACGGUUCCGUUCGGUAGCAAAACCGCCAACGAUCUGCUACAAUCUCUCCACCGCCGACCAAAGUUUCUUUCCCAAAACCCUCCGCCGCCGUUAUGGCUACUGGAACUGCAAGGCGCAUUCUUCUUCACAACUUCCGUGUCCAUUUACUGGAGUUGAAUGUGAAUGAACCUGAGCCGGUAGCCUAACUUAAAGCUAAUGAGGGGGGAUGGAAAUGAACUUUGGCAUGGCUAACCUUUUACUCAUGAUCUAGUAUGGAAAAUCAAGGGAUUUAAUUCUCAUGAUCUACAUUGAUGAACGAGUUUGAUUAUGCCAGAAGUUUUCUCAGGAAACAGGAGUGGCAGGCAAGAUCUGUAACUGUGAAUAAUGUUCUUAUGCAUUUUCAGAGAUCAAAAGUAGAUAAGGUGGAAAAUGAUGCGAAUAAAGAAGGUGAAGUUUUACGUGAAGUUUCUUUAAGGUCAGAAAUGGGAAAGAAUAGCACAAUAGAUUGUAAGCGUACUGAGUAUGUUGAAGAUACAACUGAUAGUAACUGGAGGUCUGAGCUUGCUUGGUUGACAAAAGCUCUCGAACCAGCUUUGCAAUUGUAUAAGUGGGCACUGUCAUCAGGGGACGGAAAUCCACAUAGAAGUCGUUCUGUUUCAGAAAUCAUUGCGAGUAUCCAGCGGAGUAAGACAGGAAUCCAGGAUUGGAGCUUGAGUGAUCUUACAAUUGGAUUAUGCCUUAUAUAUCUCCGUCAAGCUUCAACAAAUCCGUUGGAGGAUCUUAAGGGUGUCCAGAUCUCUUCAAAUGCGACUGUCGAAGAUCUUAUCUACUUCGUUGAACUAGCUGAGGGUUCUUAUAAAAAUUCGACAGCUAUGCUUGCGAAAACCACCAUGCUUAGAGAGUGCAACAUAUUGAAGUUUGUUAAAAAUUCCAGUGUUAUGAGGCCUGGUUAUUAUAUAGGGGUUGAUACAAGAAAGAAACUUGUAAUCUUUGGAAUUCGAGGAACGCAUACAGUAUAUGAUCUCAUCACUGAUAUUAUUACAACAAGUGAUAGAGAUGUGACAUUUGAAGGAUAUUCUACGCACUUCGGCACAUCUGAAUCUGCUCGGUGGUUUCUUCAGAAUGAGAUCGGAAUGAUAAGAAGAUGCUUGGAGAAAUAUCAGGGUUUUAGGUUAAGGCUGGUGGGUCAUUCCCUUGGUGGAGCUAUAGCUUCGUUGCUAGCUGUAAUGCUUCGUAAGAAGUCAAAAAAGGAGCUUGGAUUUAGCCCUGAUAUUGUUUCUGCCAUUGGAUUUGCAACACCUCCUUGUGUUUCAAGGAAACUUGCUGAGAGCUGUGCUGACUAUGUUACCACCGUUGUGAUGCAGGAUGAUGUUAUCCCUAAACUAAGUGUAGCUUCUCUAACAAGGCUAAGGAUUGAAAUUCUGCAAACUGAUUGGAUGAGUUUGAUAGAUAAAGAAGACUGGAAAAGUAUCAUUGGCUUGGUCACAAAUGCAAAGCAGGUAGUUACAUCAGUACAAGAUGUUGCUCAAAAACUUGCUGAUUAUGCCAAGUUCACAAGCAAGAAAAAAUCUGAUGAUAACAAUAAAAAAGAGUCAGAUGUGGCCUCUGGAUCUCCUCGGUCACACGCUACCACUUCACUGCAGAGGGCUACCGCUGCUCAAAUCAAAGCUGCAAGAUGUAAAAUUUCGGAUGAACUAUUCAUACCAGGGACAGUGUAUUAUCUGAAGAGGCAUGUGGAAAGUACUCCAGAAUACUUCUCUCUGUGGAAGCGGCAUCCUGAUGAACAUUUCCAGCAAAUAGUGCUCUCAAACAUCAUUCUUUCGGAUCAUAAAUGUGAUAGCCACUACUAUGCUUUGAGGGAUGUACUUAAAGGCCUACCAAUACCAUCAUGCAGCAAUGAAGGUAUUCUCCCAUAAACUUCUAUACCACUUGUAGCAGUAGCCUAAAAGAAGUAUUUCAACAGAAAUAACAAAUCAAAAUAGUCACACAGAGAAUAAAUGAGAUAGAUGAAAGGAGAAAUGUUUUUUUUUCCGCCAUUCGGAGGUUUUUUUGUCAACUCCGUUGGUCGGUGUGUAUCCCAGUUUCUCCGUGUAGUUUUCAGUCAUUCAUUGAAAAGUUUAGGGCCUACAACACUAGCAUUUAUACUUCUUAAUUUGUCUACAUUUUUAGUGUGUUUUCAAAAUUCAAACUAACAAAAACGUAGUUCUUGUUUUUAGAAUUUAGCUAAAAUUUUCAACUGUUUAGUCCAUCCAAUUGUGAGUAAUAUAAUAUUUCUUUUCCUAAGUCCGAGACUAAGUUCCUCCAAAAAAAAAAAAAAAUCCUAAGAGGAAGAGUUUCAAAGUGUCUCAAGACUUGCUGAGAAUGUUCUUAUCAAACCAGAUUCCUACCCUCCCAAAGUUGAUAAACAUACACCAAUGUGUUUUCUAGGUUAUUUUAUAACUGAAGUAAUAAUUUUUAGCUCCUUGUAAAUUGGCACAUUUGGCUCGACUUUCUAAGUAGUUGUUGGGACGGAGAGUAGUUUUAAGUGGAAAAAAAGUGUUUUUUUAGCACCUGAGAAGUUAAGGCAAACAUACCCUCGUAGCUUUGUUACAUCUUAGCCUCUAGAUUUUAGUGUAAGAUGAUUUUUUACGUAAUUUGAACCAAGUUAAUUCAUAAACUUGAUUAUAUAACCAUUUCGUUCUUAUUCUUUAAAAUUCCAAUCAAGGUGCAGUGAUGUAAUUUUGUCCUCGUAGUUUGUGAACACAUUUGAUUUUUAAGUGGUAUUGAUAUCUAUAUUUAUAUGAUCAA